AUGCAUUGUGGGGUUCUUGUCUCCCCCCCCCCUGCACACACACAAGAAAAAGAUGAAAACGAAGCUACUCCCUGUGUCUCUCUGUCACAAUUACUCAUUGCCUCUCUCUCUCUCCCCCCUCUCUCUCUCUCUCUCUCACUCACUGUCAUUGCAUUUUGCUCUCUGUCUCUUUCUUUCUCUCACUGUCAUUUCUCGAUCUCACUUACUGACUUGGAUCCCACACUCUCUUUUUCUCGGUUUAUCUCUCUAUCUCCCGGCACCUUUGCCUGUUUGUCUUCACAGCUUUCAUUCUCUCUACUCUCCCUUUCUCUCCGACUGUCUGUCAGUCACCCGCUUAUUGUAUUUCUACUAUUCUCUCUCUCUCUCUCUCUCACUCUCUCUCUCUCGGCUUUUCUCUCUAUAUAUCUUUCAAUAUGUCUCUUAAAUUCUUUCUCCUUUUCUAUGUCUUUCCCUGUACAUCAUCACGUUUUUCUCUUUGUUUUGAUUAACCGCUUGCGACUUCUCCUCACUCUCUCACUCUCUCUGUCACUCUCCUCUCUCACUCAAUCCCUCUCUCUCUCUCUCUCUCUCGCUUUCUCUCUCUCUUACUCACACUCUUUCAUACUCUCUCUCUCUCUCUCUCGCAUUCUUUCUCUCUCUUCUUUUUCAUUUUGCUUUCUAUCUAUAUUUACUUUUUUUCCUAUUUCAUGUUCUUUGCUUUUUCUUUCCUUCCUUCCUUUCUCAUUUUUUCUGUUUGUAUUUCUAUUCCCUUUUCUUUUUCUCUCUUUCACUCUAGUAUUUCUACUGUUAAUUGAUUCUUUUUUUCUUUCUAAUUCUUUACUUCCGUUUUUUUUCACUUUCCUUCUUUUUGAUUUUCUGAUCUUUAAUUUAUUUCUUUUUUCAAACCUUUUCUUCCUUUUUGUCUUUCUUUCUGUCUGUCUUUCUCUCUCUUUCUUUCUUUCUUUCUUUAUUCUUUCUUUCUUUUCUUUUAUUCAUUUUAAUGUUCUCGUUCGUCUUUUAUUAACUUCUUUCAUUUAUUCAUUUAUUUAUUUCUUUUUUUCCUUUUCUUUCAUUCAUUCAUUCCUUUCAUUUUUUAAUUCAUUCCUUUCUUUCUUUAUAUUAUUCCUUUCUUUUUCUUUCUUUCUUUCUUUCUUUCUUUCUUUCUUCCAUUCCUUCUAUUCCUUCCUUCCUUCCUUUCUUUCUUUCAUUUAUUUUCUGUUUUCCACCGUUCGUCUAUUCUUUCUUUCUGUCUCGUGUUUAGUUGUUUAUUCUUCUAUCUCCUUCAUUCAUUCAUUUUUUCUAUCCCUUUCUUUAGUUUUUAAAUUCUUUUUCCUUUUCUUUCCUUAUUCCCCCCUCCAAUUUCUUUCAUUCAUUCAUUCUAAACUUCUCUUUCGUUCUUUAUUGCCUUCUUUCUUUAUUUCAUUUUUAUUAUUUUAUUUUAUCAUUCUAUCCUUUCCUUUUCUUUCUUCGUUUUUCAGUUGUUUAUUUUAUUCUAUUUCAUUCAUUUUUCUUUCAUCUUUCUUUCAUUCAUUCUCUAAUUCUCUUCCCUGUCGUCUGUUAUUACCUUUUUUUCAUUCAUCCAUUCGUUUUAUUCUAUUUUUUCCUUUCUUUCAUAUAUUUAUUUAUUUAUUUAUCUUUUUCUUCUUUUUUUUUUGA